AUGAAAUUCCAUAAUAAACAUAACAACCAAGACACCUCCAUGACAUUAACAAAAUAUCAAAGAGGUGAUGCUAUGGAAGGGUGGAAUGAUUGUCCAACACCCAUAUCGCUAUCUCAGAACAACUCACAAGUUUCAUUAUCAGGCGACGAAGUACGACAGAAGCGAGAGGAACUCUUAGUUCAACUUGGAAAAGUGUUUGAACUUCCAUUAUCAUUACCAGAGAGAGAACUAGCUCAUUAUAAAAAUAAACUACAAAAUCAAAUACCAGUCGUGAAUGAACAGCAUUUACCAUUUAUUGAAUCUGUAUUUAGUGAUUUAUUGGCAGGUGACACCAAUUCCUCGAAAUUGAAAUUAGAUGUUGUUGAUUAUAUGAUGAACCAUGAUGGUGUCAGUUCGUGGUGUUCACCUUUGAAAAAGAUUGUUUCGAGUAUACAGAAAUGA